UUUGAGCAUUCUAGCUAGCUUCAAGUUAACCUUUUGCUUCAUUGAAAAGUUGUUUAAUCUGUCCAUAUUUAAUUUUAUAUUUCUUCUAUAGACAUUCAUGUUACAAAAUCGAUUUUACAUGAUGCUACCAUAAGACAAAGUUUCAACACACACAUGACACAACCAAUUCUUUUUCAUCAUAAUUCACAACUCACAGUGCAAGAAAAAAAUCCACAAUUUAGUAUAAUUUAAACACGCAUCUUCUUAUCCUUAAUAUAUAAUUAAAAAUAAUUUUUAUAAAAGAUUUUUUCGCCCUGUGUACUCUUUAAAUCAAAUGGCCCAAGUCUCCUUGGUAUAAUUAGUGUCUAGAGAGGAGGAGAAUGUGUAACACCACUCCAUGGUGUGAAGUUUAAUGUUCUUAGAGAUUAAGACACCUAAUGUAUAUCCGUGACACCUGGGCACUUGAAGGUAGUAUAGUGGUGGCAUGCAUGCAUGCACGGAGAGGAAAAUUGAAUUUGUAUUUCAGUGACAAAAGGGAAAGCCAGGAUUGAAUUAGAUUGAAAACACAUCAUACAUAGAUAAGGGAAUCAAAGAAGCAUAUAUUAUAUAUAUACAAGGCACAUGCACGAGUCAAAAGAAAGACAGAAAGCACAUCGUCACAUGUGAAUCGAAGCAAAAAGGAGAAGAGACUAGUGGGUUGUGGCGGAUUUUCGAGAUCACAGAUAAGAAAAAAAUGAGUUUAUUUUCCAAAACUUUUACUCAGACUUGAUUUAUAGUUAUAUACAAGAGAAAAAGAAGGAAGACACAAUCAAAAUGGACAUCUGGAAGCUUUUUGUCAUUGCAUUGAUGCCAAAUCUGAAAGUAUUGUUGAUUACUGUUCUUGGCACCUUCCUUGCAAUUAAUCGCCUUGACAUACUUACUGAAACAGCAAGGAAGAACAUGAAUACUAUGGUAUAUUUUGUCUUUUCUCCUGCUCUUGCUUGUAGCAGCCUGGCUAAAACCAUAACUUUAAGGAGUAUGAUUACAUUGUGGUUCAUGCCACUGAGUAUUCUUCUCACAAUUAUUAUUGGGACAGCUCUAGGAUGGUUACUUGUUAAAAUAGCUAGAGUUCCUCGUCAUCUUCGAGGUCUUGUGUUGGGGUGUUGUGCUGUAGGAAAUCUGGGAAAUUUGCCUCUUAUUAUAGUUCCAGCUAUCUGUAAGGAAAGAAGCAAUCCAUUUGGAGAUGUGGAUAUUUGUUACAAAAAUGGACUGGCAUAUACUUCUCUGUCAUUGGCACUAGCAUCCAUUUUAGUGUGGUCUUAUGCAUUUAACAUUGUGCGCAUAUAUUCAACUCAAGAGAUUUCCAAUGUUGUCGAAGUUGAUCAAUUCACUGUAAAUCCAACAUCUACAACAGAAACUGAUCCAGAAAACCAUUCAAAAUGCUCCACACAAACAUUGGUUACAACUGAAGAUAGAUACCAUACUAAGAAUUGUGUGAAUCAACUUGAAAUUGAAAUUGUGGUGCCAAAUGGACAAGAAAAGAAGGAAAAGUUAAUGCAAUGCCCACAAACAUUAGCUAUAUGGAGCAACUUGAAGCUAUUAUUUCCACCUACAUUGAUUGGAGCGAUUGUUGGUUUGAUAAUCGGUAUAGUCCCUCAAUUUCGAAAAUUGUUAGUUGGUGAAAGUGCUCCUCUUCUUGUGAUUCAAGACUCUCUCAUUAUGAUAGGGGAUGCAUGCCUUCCAGCAAUGACUAUGUUGGUUGGGGCAAAUCUUCUUGAAGGUUUAAAAGGGCAAGGAGCGCAACUUCCAAUUAUUGUAGGCAUUAUUAUAGUUAGAAAUAUUGUCUUGCCGGCUAUAGGUGUAGGCAUUGUUAAAGGUGCUGUCCAUUUUGGCUUGAUCCAUCAUGAUCCAUUAUAUGAGUUUGUUUUACUCCUUCAAUUCGCCCUUCCACCUGCAGUAGCUAUAAGCACAUCUACUCAAUUGUUUGGAAACGGAAGGGGUGAAUGCUCAAUUAUUAUGCUGGCAACUUAUUCUUGUGCUGCAGUGUCUCUUACUCUUUGGUGUACAUUCUUCAUAUGGCUUGUACUAUAGUUACCUAAAUUUUAUUGCCUUAUAUUUUUCCUUUGACUUGCUUAUGAAGAGCUAGACAAGAUGAAUAAGUUGUUUUGACUUAAGAUUUUAUUAUGUUUAAUAUUUUGGUUUUGAUAAGAGUCUCCCUUGAUGAGGUGACAAUUUUAAGUUGUUUAUGUUGCUUAAUUGUGUGCAUAUGACUGACAAGGCGGUCAAGCUACCUGCACCCGUCUAGUCCUAUCAUUUUGUGGCUCUUUCUGAGAGACGGGAAUGUAAAUAGAAAAUAUCGCCUGGUGGUUGGGUAACAAUAAUGACAUUUGUUGAUAUGCCACAACUUGUUUACUAAGAUCAUCAUAUAUUAUUAAUGUGUGCAUUCCAUUAGAGUGCUACUAGGUGCACCAGCAUUUUUGCUGGUGCACCCAACAAAAA